AUGUCGUUCCAAAACUUCGAUUCUUUUCCCAACCAGGACCCUGCGACUGGUGCUCCGGCUCCUGCCGAUGCCACCAUGACUGGACAGGCCGACCCGACCACCGCUUCCUUCCAGGGUUCUGCUGGUGAGCCUGCCGCUGCUCCCGUUCCCCAGCAGGGCGCCGAGGGCAAGACUACCCUCUGGAUGGGUGAGCUCGAGCCGUGGAUUGAUGAGAACUUCAUCCGCAACCUGUGGUUCCAGAUGGGUGAGCAGGUCAACGUCAAGAUGAUCCGCGACAAGUUCUCUGGGAGCAAUGCUGGCUACUGCUUCGUUGACUUUGCCUCCCCGGCCGCCGCUGCCAAGGCUCUCUCGCUCAACGGCACCCCCAUGCCUAACACCAACCGGGUCUUCAAGCUGAACUGGGCUACCGGCGGCGGCCUCGCGGAUCGCAGCCGUGACGACCGUGGCCCCGAGUACUCCAUCUUUGUUGGUGAUCUCGGCCCCGAGGUUAACGAAUACGUCCUCGUUUCUCUCUUCCAGAGCCGCUUCCCCUCGUGCAAGUCCGCCAAGAUCAUGACCGACCCCAUCAGCGGCAUGUCGCGUGGCUACGGCUUCGUCCGCUUCUCCGACGAGAACGACCAGCAGCGCGCUCUCACUGAGAUGCAGGGUGUUUACUGCGGCAACCGCCCGAUGCGCAUCUCCACUGCUACCCCCAAGAACAAGGGCCCUGGUGUUGGCGCUGGCGGUGGUAUGGGCAUGCCCGGUCCCGCUGGCAUGUAUCCCCCGAUGGGCGGCCCGCCCAUGGGCUUCUACGGUGCUCCUCAGCCCAUGAACCAGUUCACCGACCCCAACAACACCACCGUCUUCGUCGGUGGUCUUUCCGGCUACGUCACCGAGGAUGAGCUCCGUUCGUUCUUCCAGGGCUUCGGCGAGAUCACCUACGUCAAGAUUCCCCCCGGCAAGGGCUGCGGUUUCGUGCAGUUCGUCCAGCGCCACGCUGCUGAGAUGGCCAUCAACCAGAUGCAGGGCUACCCUAUUGGCAACUCGCGCGUGCGCCUGAGUUGGGGCCGUUCGCAGAACAACUCCGGCCCCGCCGGCAGCCCCUACCGUCCUGCGCCCCCGCCUCCCCCCAUGUACCCCUCCAUGGGCAUGCCCCCGGCCCACCAGUAUGGCGGGUUUGCCCCGAUGAAGGUUAGCAGCCACCCAGGCAGCCCGGUGCCGGAGCACCCUUGA